AUGAAAUCGUUGAACUCCUCAGAAUCUCGUCGACUCCUUGAUUUUGUUCCGUCACUUAAACCAUCAUUCCUUUCCGUGGUAUUAGUUUUCAUUUGCGGAUGUCUUUGGGUGAAGAAUGAUAAAACAAACGAACGACUGAUAGCGCUGGAAUCUCGCAUCAACCUUUUCCCCUGCGUUCAGAGAGUCUCGGCUGAAAAUACUGACAGGAUAUCUCUUUUACCGACAAAAGGCACAGCAAGAGAUCUUUACAAGAUGGUUCAGACAAACAUUUCAAAAAGGAUUGGUUAUACUCCAGGUAAAAUCAUCGCCUUAGACGUUAUUUAGACGCAGGUAGAUGUUUAGAACUGAGUUUAUCCUCUUUUGAUUUUUAUAGGCAUAUAAUCUUUCAUGGUGUGAGUUCGCUAUGGUACGGAGUCUUUGGAUAUUUCAUAGCAGAAUUGAAUUUUUAAUUUCAACUAACACUGUAUGAGUAACCCUUUUGUUAUAUUCUCCCUCUUUUAAUUUGCAAUACUGCCUAGAUAUUCACUAAGCCACCUAUACUGGUAAAACAAUAAAGAAAUUUACGGUGUAAAUGAUGUUGAAUUCAUAGCUUAAGUGUCGAACGACUUGCUCGCGUACAAGAUAUUUGGUCAAUACCCAGGGGCGCACUCCGUUAUAUAAGCCAUUAAUAGGUAUGUGCUGCCACAAAGAGUAUGGUUUUUGGGCCUUUUUGGUCUGAAAACGGGUAUAAACUUUGCCCAUUUUGGUCUGGAAUUGGGUUUGGUUUUCGAGGAAACUACGGGAGCGUAUACAUGAACGUAAUUGUCGUUUUAAUUGCAAAUGAAUAAGAACGAAAUAGAAAUAUGUGAAUUCGAAAUGCAUUUGAAGAAAUUUUUUUGUUUGAGCUCUAAUCUAAGUAAUGAUGGCAAAAUUUCUGGCUAAAGGCCAUGUCUGAAAAUGGGUAUGAACUUUAGUGGUCUGGCCUGAAAACGAGUGGGGAAAAUUAGUCUGAAAUAGCACUGUCUGAAUAACAUUGUUAGGGUGGCGUAAAAUUUGUCUGACAUAUUUUUUUAAAUGCUUCUAGAGGAGUUCGGUUAAAGAGUCUUGCCGCCGUACUUAAUAGAACCUUUGGUAACUUCGAUAGGGUGGUAAGAUUGAAAGUGCGUUUCAAAAGGUCUCAGUUGGUUUGAAAUGUGUUCGUACGUAGAUCUAGAAAUCAGCGAACAGUUUGAACAUCUUAUGCCCACCAAGUACUGUAAGUCAAGUGAGAAAGUCUGUCCUGCAGGUCCCCCCGGAUAUCCUGGUCCCACUGGAGCGAGGGGACCACGUGGUAGGAGGGGACCAAAGGGAAAGAAAGGUCUUCAAGGUCCCAUGGGACCACCUGGAAAAUCCGGAAAAACAGGACUAACUGGUCCCGCAGGACCGAGAGGAGAAAGGGGAGAUAAAGGAGAGCCUGGGCCAAAAGGCAUGCCGGGACCACCUGAAAGGCCUGGGAAAUCGAUAUCUGCUCCACAAGUGAUGUUGUCGCCGGCAGAGCAGACACGAGAUGAGGGAGGAAAUAUGACAUUUUAUUGCACGGUCGCAGGAAAUCCUUCCCAGUCGUGGAAUGGCAAUUUAAGGGCAGAAAACUUCUGUCAGGUGCUAUGUAUUUGA